CGAGACCGGUGCCUGAGCUGAGAGGAGGCUGGGCGGACGGCGAGGGACAGCGGGGUCCCAAGAGCCGGACCUGAGCCGGGCCGUGCCCGAGAUCGGAUAGGUUGCGCGCACCGCGGGACUGCGCAGCCGGGACGGUCGCCUGGCGCCGGGACUCGGUGGACUGGAGCGCCACAGCCUCGCAGCAAGACCGCAACGCCUCGGUCCCCAGAAAAGGGAAGACCUCCAUCUUUGUCACCCCGAGGCCCGGCCAGUGUCAGGAAAAUCCUAGGGCUCUGGAGGCCACGGGCACAAUGCUUCGGGUCCUGGUUGGGGCCGUCCUCCCCGCAAUGCUGCUGGCCGCCCCGCCGCCCAUCAACAAGCUGGCCCUGUUCCCGGACAAGAGCGCCUGGUGUGAGGCCAAGAACAUCACCCAGAUCGUGGGCCACAGCGGCUGUGAGGCCAAGUCCAUCCAGAACAGGGCGUGCCUAGGACAGUGCUUCAGCUACAGCGUUCCCAACACCUUCCCGCAGUCCACCGAGUCCCUGGUUCACUGUGACUCCUGCAUGCCGGCGCAGUCCAUGUGGGAGAUCGUGACCUUGGAGUGCCCCGGCCACGAGGAGGUGCCCCGGGUGGACAAGCUGGUGGAGAAGAUUCUGCACUGUAGCUGCCAGGCAUGCGGCAAGGAGCCGAGCCACGGGCUGAGCGUCUACGUGCAGGGCGAGGACACGCCGGGCUCCCAGCCGGGCACCCAUCCCCACCCCCACCCUGGCGGGCAGACCCCCGAGCCCGAGGAUCCCCCCGGGGCCCCCCACGUGGACGAAGAGGGGGCUGAGGACUGAGGCCCCAACUCUUCCUCCCCUCUCGUCCCCUGUGGAAUGUUGGGUCUCACCCUUGGGGGAACGGUGGGGAGAAAGGCUGGAGCCCCCCUUUGGCACUGGAUGGACUUGGAUUCAGACUUGGACUGGGAAUGCUUUCCGGUUGCCAUGGAUAUCUGAAGGGAGGGGUUGGGGCCAAGCUGCACAAUUUAAUAUAUUCAAGAGAGAGGGGAGGUAGCAGAGGUCUUCAGGGUUCUUUUUCAGAUGGGGGGGGUGGUUCUCUUCCUUUCUGCCUCCUAGAGAUGUGCCUUCGGGAGGGGGAGGAGGUUGGCUAAGCUGCUGAGGUGGGUGUGAGGUCCUCACCGCCCCUGGUGGGGCAGGGCCCCUGGGGUGCAGAUGGUGGAGCGGGGGCCCUGAGCUGAGGGUGGGCUCCUUGCCAGCAGCAGCCUUGAGAGAGGGGCUGGGCCCAGGCUAUAGGAAGACCCCUGGCAGAAGCUCUAGCCCCGUAGGCUUCCCCAAAGGCCUCCCAUCCCCAGGACAGCUUCUCCCCAGUGGCACCGAAAUGGCCCGCCCUCCCUCAGUGGCGUGCUUGGGAGUCAGGUCUGGGCAGGACCCUGCUGACUCAUGGCCCUGGAGCUGGGAGCCAGGCUCUUGGGGCCUCUCUGGCUUCCUUGGCUUUCCAGGCGGUGGAGGAAGGCAAGGGAGGAGACUACCUGGGCCAGGGGGAGGGGAGGGCUCCCGGACCAUCACCGGAGUAUCCCUCUCCCCCUCCCUCCAAGAUGGUAGUGCCUCCCACCGCCCCCCAAGUUUUGGGCCCCUCGGAAAGCUGAUGGAGCCAGCCUUCCCCUCCUGGGGAGCUCUUUCCAAAUGUCUGACGGCGGGAAGGCUCCAAGGAGGGACCUGGGUGGGAUGGACUCUGGCUGAGCCUCAAGAAACCAAGAAGAGGAGGGGGGAGGGCUCCUGGCGGCCAGUGUCCCCACAGCUCUCCAGCACCCCGUCCCACCCAUCACCUCCCUCCCAGCUGCACUUUAACCCAGAGGGGGAGUGGGGUCCCGGGGACAGGGCGGGCGGGCGGGCACCCACACCUGCCCGUAUCUGCUCUUCUGUCCCCAGGGCGGCUGUCCGCUCCCCUGGCCUCCUGCCUGGGGCGCCCUGGCCCCCCCUCCCCAUGGCUGUCCCGACAAGAGCUUCCGGAGCUUGUAACCAGUAGAUUGUUUCCCUGAGUUUUCUCAUGAAUAAAUUCGUUCAAUGCU